GUAUUUUACUUAAGAAACCUCUGCAUUAAAUUGACAUAAAUGAAUUACUUAAGUUUAAUUGUUUUCUUUGUGAUACUUCAAUGUGUUAUUUCCCUAAGAGAUCCCUAUGCAAUUCUUGGUGUUGCCCGAACGGCAUCGAUACCGGAAAUAAAACGAGCUUACAAGCGAUUGGCAAGAGAGUGGCAUCCCGAUAAGAACAAAGGGCCCGAAGCCGAAUCUAAGUUUAUCGAAAUCAACAAAGCAUACGAACUUUUAACUGAUCCAGAACGAAGGAGGCUCUUCGAUCGCUCCGGCAUAACUGAAGAUACGCCGAACUUUCGACAAUAUCCCGAUUAUUCUCAGUUCAGAAGAUACGAGAAUGAUCCGUUUGAGCAUAUAUUUAGCCAAGGAGGUUUUAACUUUCAGUUUAAAUUCAACCAAGGUUCAUUCUAUCAUAAACAUACCAUUACUGCUAAAGCCUACGAGAAUCACAUUAUCCCCAACAGUAAUUUUCAGCCAUAUUUAAUAUUGUUUUAUGGAGAGCUGUGUUUUGCUUGCAUCAGUGCCGAGCCAAUAUGGAGAAAACUGAUCGAAGAACUCGAACCACUCGGUGUUGGGUUUGCUGCCAUUCAUGCACAGCAAGAGAGUGCCUUAGCACACAAAAUUGGUGUUAGUUCACUUCCCUAUGUCAUUGGUCUUGUAGAUGGAAGAGCUGUUCAUUAUAAAGAACGUCAGUUGAGCUUUGUGAAGAUUGUAGAUUUUUGUCGCAAGAUUAUUCCUGCAAAAACAGUAAUUAGCGUGACAGAUAAGGUGGUAGACGACUUUCUCAAUGGAUGGUACGAUAAUAGAGUUCGAGUUCUGAUAUUCAGUAGAGCGGAUUCCAUUCGGCUUAGGUACAUGCUGAUUGCUUACAAAUUCCGUAGCCGUGUGGCAGUGGGUCACGUAUCUCUGGAAAGCGAGGAUUCCAAAAAUACGGUCAAAAGGUAUAAUGUGCAAACCAAAAUGGAAUCUCUUUUAGUUUUUAAUGAAGAUCCUUCUAAGCCUAUUGCUACUUUGAGCAUGACAGAACUGUCUGUUGCAACUAUGAACGAUGUUAUAGACUCGAAUAAAUUUUUAUUAUUGCCUAGAUUAUCGUCGCAGACCAUCUUCGAUCAGCUGUGUCCCACGGAAGCCGUGCGAGCACGUAAAUAUUUAUGUGUCAUAUUGAUAACUAAGAACACGAACGAGCAUGAUCCAUACAGAGCUGCUAUGCGCGAUUUCAUUCAGAAGGUUGAUGUGCCCAAUGACAGAGUAAGAUUUAUGUUUCUUUUUGAAGAAAAGCAGAAAGAGUUUGUUAAAGCACUAAGUUCUGGUAUGGGUACACCGGAAGAUCCUCUUCUCCACGUCGUUCUUAUUUGGAGAAAAUCGCAUGAUCGUGUUCGAUACCAGUGGCUGCAGCACGGUUGGGAUAUCGAUGACGACAACAUGAAUGCCACAAAAGAGGAGUUGCAUGCUGCUAUGAAUCACCUCAUGCAAUCGACAGAAACUUUACCAUAUGAUGCUAAAGUAUGUAUGUUAACAGAUGAACAUGCUCUGAGUUUAUUCACUAGAGUUCUGAACAGAAUGAUACUUAUGGGAGAUGUUCUAUGGGAUAAUAUUACACGUCAGGAAAUAUUGCCUGCAUUAUCAGUUGUCUUAUCUGUUGGUUUCAUUAUCUUGGUAGGAUACAUUAUGUCUUAUUUGGUCCAAUUAGAAGAAAAAAGCAUUCAAGAGAAAUACCAAAGAGAAGGCAAGCAAAUACCGGGUAUGUCUGUUAAAAGUAAACCAGAAUUCCAUUUACAUAUACAUGAGCUCCGGGGCGAAACGUAUAAUGGUCUCGUUAGACUUCUUAAACCUGGUUGUAGAACUAUUGUGCUGCUGGUCGAUAAUGAAUCCAAGGUUAAAUUGUUACCUGUAUUCUAUAGAUGUGUGUACCCUUAUCGUAAGAAUAAGACUUUAAUGUUUGCUUUCAUUAUGGUGGAGAAAAAUCUGGAAUGGUAUCGACGUCUGCUCCUCCAAACUCUUGGUGAAUCAAGGGAACUGAAUAUUAAUCCAAAAAACUGUAUUGGUACUGUUCUUUCUCUUAAUGGCCAUCGGAAGUACUUUUGCGUCUAUCAUGCGAAACAUGCCGAACAAAGCUGGAAAAGGAAAGAUGGUAAAGUGAGAAAAAAUGAAAAUUCUGCAGCCGGGGAGUUCAUAGGGUUCGAGGAUAGUAAUUCCGAAUCCGAGAAUAGUGACGUCGAGUCUGGAAAAAAACAAAACAUGGAGAAUGAUUUGUAUGGAAAUAUUCUUUUUGAAGAACAUCUAUUAGAUGGACUUUCUAACUGGUUAGAUAGACUUUUUGAAGGAUCUACGCAAAGAUAUUACAUUCAGUAUUGGCCAGAUAAUAUGAAGUAAUUCAUCCAUACUAGUCAAAAUAUGCGAUUUAAUAUAUUGGUUUGUUUUCUACUGCUUUCUUUAUCUCACUUACAUAUAGAAUCUAAAACUGCAUCGUUUUCAGUGAUGCUACUUAAAUACAUUAUAGUAUUAAUUUUGUACCUGCAAUAGAUAAAGCAGAUAUAGAUAAUGAAGUAAUAUAUUUAUUAAGAAGACAUCCGUAAAGGCUCUAAUAAAUUUGAAUGAUUACCGUUUCUGAAUUAAAACUAUUAGAAAUUUAAAUAGUUAAUUGUUCAAAAAUCAAUAUUUCAAUUAAUAAAAGAAAUAAACAAAACCAUUGGUUUUGGAACUGAUGUCCAUGUCAGGCAUGCUGAAGAUAAUAUUAUGAAUUAUUGAAUGCCAUUAACUUUUUAUGAAAAUUUAAUUCAUGUAAUUUUCCUUUUUUAGAUAAAAGUUUAUCAAAAGCAUUGCUAAAUUAUCAGUCCUAAGCCAACUGUUUCACAUAAAUUUGACAGCUUUUAAAUUUCUAUAGCUGUUUUAUUUUGAAUCGAUUUGUUCGGCACGACAUGAUGUUUAAAUGAAUUAAAACACACUCUACUUUGUAACUUGCCUUCUUAAAUCAUUGCUCAUGCUUUUAAAAAUAUCGAAGUUUGUGAAUUACUUCAAAUAUUGUAAAAAAUCAUUAACACAUUAGAUGUUUUUGUUUUAAAGUGGCCAACUUGAUAAUUUUUUAUUUAAUGUAUAAAAGUUCUCCCCCUCCUUGAAAAUUGAACAUCUUCUGUAUUUAUUAAACUACUUAUUUAUUAUCAUUUCUUUUUCCCCCUUUUUUUUGGGGGGGGGUGAGUAAGCCAUAACUGAAAAGCAAAUUUUAUGAUAUCCUGUCUGUCGUACUGUAAAUGUUUGCAUUUUAGUGUUCAGUAUGAAUAAGUAUCUUGUAAAUAUGAGUACUUGGUUUAUAAAAGACUUGUCACAGAUGAAAUUUUGUUCCUACUCUAUCAAAUGUGUUUGGAUUGUCACUCUAUUACCACUUGAAUAUCAAAUGAUUGUAGUUUGUUUUUCAAAAAUCCAUCUUAUGAUCUUGCAGCUUAUAAAUAAAUUUUGUGCUGUCUGUAUAA